CGCAGUUGUCGGCUGUCGCACACAAAUCACAUUCACCGAUCAUCGUCAAUACUGUGGUCGAAACUAUUUCGCGAUUAUUCUUUGUACAAACAUUAAAAUUGCUGCAUUUGAUGAAUUCGAAUUUCGAAUGGCCUAUGUUUACAUUCGAUAUAAAUAGUGUAUGAUAGUAAUGAAGAAAUGAGAAAAAUUGUAUGCAACUAUGAAGUUUUUACUGAUAUUAUUGUUUUCAUUUGGAUGUUAUGGACAAGAUGGUAUUGUAAGCAGUGAUAAUAAGGAAAGUACUGAGUUAUCAAGGACUUUGGAUGACCGGCCCCUGUUGUUUGCUACACUCGGGGGUGGAAUGGUAGCGGUCGAGCCAGUCUCCGGGAAUGUUAUAUGGAAACUGAAAGAUGAACCCGUGGUGAAAGUGCCUAAUCAACAUGCAAAUUUGAUGCCCCAAUUUCUGCCUGAUCCUCGUCAUGGUUCCUUAUAUAUGUAUGGGCCGAGGGGGGACAAGCAGAUGUUAAAAAAGCUGCCCUUCACCAUACCAGAGCUUGUAGCCAAUGCGCCGUGUCGUUCUAGCGAUGGGAUUUUGUACACGGGCAAAAAGAGCGAUACCUGGUUUAUGCUUGAUCCUUUGACUGGAUCCAGAGAGCAUAUUUCGGGUUUCGAGAACACGAAAAUAUUCAAAAGCGAUACAGACAAUACCUGCCAAUUGGAUAAGAAAAAAGGUGUUUACGUUGCUCGUACGGAGUAUAACAUACUGAUGCAUGAUUCCAAGAAUGAAAAUCACAAGUGGAAUGUCACAUUUUUCGAUUACACCUCGCAUGAUAUGGCCAAAGAGAUGCUCAACGAUUAUGGUAUAAUUCAUUUUACAUCCACAUCAAAUGGUCGUAUAAUGUCGUUCGCGCGUAAAUCUGGUGAUCUCGUGUGGUCUCACAAUUUCGAGACGCCCGUGGUCGCUGCGUACUUGCUAGACAGAGAUGGACUUAUUUCUGUGCCUUUCAACUCGAUUGGCGAUGACACUCUGGAUCAUAUAAUGGAAGAUGCGACAACGUUGAGAAAUGGACAGGGAAUUAAGAAUUCGAAUAUCGAACUGUACCCCACUCUAUACAUAGGCGAACACAACCACGGCUUAUACGCCCUUUCAUCACUAGUAGACAAAAACACAGUAACAAUAUCAACGGGACACUCACGACCCUUGUUACUCGAAGGCCCGACGGCAAUACAAUCUACAGAACAUGCGUACGAGCCCUAUAAAAACGUGCACUACCAACUUAACGAUAUAAAUCUACACGUAACCCCGCCGUACUUGUUACUAGGGCACUAUAAAGUGCCGGAGUUGACCACAUCGUGGCUCCCACAGCUUCCAAAUUCAAAUUUGAAACAAGAAUCAAGUGGUAUGAAGCUUAUUAAUGGCCAGGUUCAAAGGGAACAAGACGAAAAUGAGACGAAUUUAAAAUCGAAUUCGAUAUCUGUGUCGGUUCAAACGGAUGAAUUGUUUACCGAGUUUAGUCUGAGACCGGAUUUAUGGUAUAAGCAAGUGUAUAUUUGGGUGAAUCAGCAGGAGAAUAAGGCUUUGAAGGUGGCGUUGAUUGUGCUUAUGGGAUUGGUGGUUACGAUGUUUUGGUAUUUGAGGCUACAGGCCCGGGAAUUUCAACAGUUAUCCCAAGGAGGAUCACGUAGUUCUAACAUGUCUACAUCAUCGCAAGGCGAAGUGACUGGUCAGUUGUUGGAAUUAGGUGAUGGACUCGUACAAAUCGGAAAAAUCAGUUUCUAUACGGAUCAGGUUUUGGGUAAAGGCUGUGAAGGCACUUUUGUUUACAGAGGCACAUUCGACAAACGUGCUGUUGCGGUGAAAAGACUUCUCCCGGAAUGUUUUACGUUUGCCGAUCGCGAAGUGGCGCUCUUGAGAGAAUCCGAUGCGCACGCGCACGUUGUACGCUAUUAUUGUACGGAACGGGAUAAACAAUUUAGAUAUAUAGCUUUGGAGCUGUGCUCGGCUACGUUACAGGACUACGUUGAGAAUAAACUGAGUUUUGAAUGUAAAAUUGACGCUGUUGAAGUACUGAGGCAAGCAGCAUUGGGCCUGUCUCAUUUACAUUCCAUGGAUAUAGUUCACAGAGAUAUUAAACCACACAACGUGUUACUCUCGAUGCCGUCUGGAUCUGGCGAAGUUAGAGCCAUGAUAUCCGAUUUUGGUUUAUCUAAGAAACUAAAUAUUGGUCGCGUGAGUUUCUCAAGACGUUCUGGAGUAACUGGCACGGAUGGCUGGAUCGCCCCGGAAAUGAUCAAUGGCGAGAGAACGACAACUUCAGUGGAUAUGUUUUCACUGGGUUGCGUGUUUUAUUACGUGUUAUCGAAGGGACAGCAUCCAUUUGGCGAUGUCUUGAGAAGACAGGCGAACAUACUGACUGGAGAUUAUAAUUUAGAUACUUUAGAUAAACUAUUGCCUGAAGAAGAAGUAGUGUUAACAAAAAUAUUGAUUCGAGCAAUGAUAUCGGCUAAGGCAGCCUCGCGGCCUCCGUGUGAAACUGUACUUAAUUAUCCUAUAUUUUGGGGCAAGCAGAGUAUACUUAACUUUUUACAGGACGUAAGCGACCACGUAGAAAGCUGCAAUUCAGGCGCAGAUCACCCAUUAGAGUUGAGCACUCGACGAGUGCUGAGAGGCGACUGGCGUGGACAUGUAUGCCCGAUCGUUGCUAAUGACCUUAGAGCGAGACGGACUUAUCGGGGCGAUCGUGUCGCACAUCUACUUAGAGCUAUACGGAAUAAGAAACACCACUACCGAGAGCUGGAACCCGACGUUCGGAAAAGCCUUGGCAAGGUACCGGACGGAUUUGUAACUUACUGGUUGCAAAGGUUUCCACUUCUCCUACCUCACGUAUUUCUUCAAAUGCAACAAUACCGACACGAAGACAUAAUGCUAGGCUACUUCACACAAACCUUCACGUUCAACAGAGAUGACGUCACAGAACUUAUUGAAGUGACGGAAGAACUCUGCGAUCACGCCCAAAAUGACCUAUUUGUCAAAAGCAAAGUAUACUACGACGAGAACGACCCAGAAAAAAGAUUCAAAAGAGAAUCCCUACCUUCAAAAGAGAAACCUAAAAGAAUAAUGGACUGGAGAAGUGAUGAUAGACCGAGACAGGACGAUGUUAGAUUAAGAGAUAGGCAUUAUAGAAAGAAAGAGAAGAAACAUGAUAUGCCCGUGUGGAGCUUGCCUCCACAAAGUUAGUGUUAAAUGUUUAAAAUAUGCGCAAAGUUGGUAUUAGAUUUUUUAUUUUACAAAAAAAACUAGAUCAGUGAUUAACAAAGCUAAUUAUAAGAUUUCGUUUAGAACGUAAGAAAUCAUUAUUAAGGUUUGCCCGGGUUAAGUUUAUCCAGAAGAUAUAGUAUGCCAUAGAUUUUCUAUACAUUUAUUUCUUAUAGAAUUCUAUAAAACAAAAAUCUAUGACAACUAGUAAUGUAAUCCGGGCAUUAGUCAGAACGUGAUGAAUAUAAAAAUAUAAUUAGUACUUACGUAUUUGAAUUACGCGUUAUUGUUAAUAUUAUUUUCGACUUUCCAGCACAUAAUGGUAACUUUUAGCUAUAAAGAGUCACUGGGUGGUCACGAAACGUUUUACUAUUGGGUACAGAAAACCGUUACGGCGCGUUACACGGGGGGAGGGGGGGUGUCCCAAUAAUCUCGUGCGUAAUACUUGAACGCUCCCUAAUAUGAAAAGUAAGUAAUACGGAAAAUGUAAUGCCGAUUUUUACGGUACAUUUAGUCUAAGAUUAACUAAGUGUAAUAAUGUUUGGAAUUCAUAAGUCAAAGACAAAAAUCACUAUAAUUUA